AUGUCUCACGAAUCUGUCUGGUACUCGCGUCCUCGCACCUACGGCAAGGGCAGCAGAGAAUGCCGCGUCUGCACCCACAAGGCUGGUCUCAUCCGCAAGUACGGCCUGAACAUCUGCCGUCAGUGCUUCCGUGAGAAGUCCACCGACAUUGGCUUCGUCAAGCACCGCUAA